CUUCGACAUAGCGAUUCCUGGAAGACACUUCAGUCUUCCAUCAGCGCUAUAAAUCGAACAAACAAAACAAAUUUCUCUCUAUCCUUCUCUAUCACUUCCGUGCUAACUUCUUUCCAAAAUGAAAUCCAUGAUCGUUGUAGCGUGCUUGGCUUUGGCGUGCGGCGCACACGCAAGCGGCGGCUGGGCCGGCCCGCCCGCCAACAUCGCGCUGUCCCAGGACGGGCGUAACAUCCUCGACACACCCGAGGUCGCGCAGGCUAGAGCCGCCCACCUCUCAGCCCUACAGCAAGCCGCCCAGAACAACCCCAACCCACAAGACGACGGCUCCUACGAUCCCCGUUGGGACAACGAAGAGUACUGGCAGCGCGCUGAACAGCCCAAAUGGAACGCUGCCCCCGCCCAACAAUGGAACUCUGCCCCGGCUCAGCAAUGGAACGCCGCUCCCGCGUGGAACGCCGCCCCCGCCCAGCAAUGGAACGCUGCUCCCGCUGCUCCCGCAUGGAACGCCGCCGGCCACGCUCCCGCUCCAGUCGCCGAAACUCCUGAAGUAGCUCAGGCCCGUGCCGCUCACCUCGCCGCUCUGUCCGCUGCCAAGUCUGCCGCCCCCGCGCAGCAGCAGUGGAACGCCCCCGCCCAACAGCAGUGGAACGCCCCUGCCCACCAACAGCAAUGGAGUGCUCCCGCUCAGCAAUGGAACGGUGCUCCCUCAUGGCAAGGCAAUGCCGCCCACCAGGCCGCCAACAUCAGGCUAGCGCACGACGGCUCCGGCAUCCUGGACACCCCCGAGGUGGCGGCGGCGCGCGCCGCUCACUUGGCCGCUCACUCGCAGGCCGCGCACGGAGCGCCCGCGCCCGCUCCCCAGCAGCACUGGUGAAGCUCCCCUCUUCCUCUCGCGGCCGCACUGGACGCAGCGCUAGCCCGUAGCUCGCGGCCACUGAGCCGCGUUUGUGCCAUUACGCCCUAGGUCUGCGUCGAGACGUUCGUUUCUUCCUCCGAUCUCCUUCUUCUUUUAGGAACUUUUCUAAGUGCAAGUGCGUCAGCCUAUUCUAUUCUUGUGGCUUUUUGUUACU